AUUCACUCAUUCAAAGGCCGUCGAAGUCGAAAAAAAACAGACAUUGCAAUACAGAUAAGAAUUUUGUUUUCAUAUUGUUGUGGAGUGUGUCUUUGAUCUUAAUUCGUCUGUUGAUAAAUAAGAUACAAAAAUGAGCGGAAAUCUUGUAAUUAAUAAUAUAUUUAGUGACUUUCAAAAAAGUCUCGAUGAGGAGCAAGAAAUACGUGAGGUUAUCCGCAACAUUUGUAAAGAUGUUGAUUCCAUAUAUCGAUCUGUAACAACUAUACUUCAAGUAAUUCAUUAUAAUGAGGAUGGCAUUGCUCCGGCUUGUCUUCAAGCGAGGGAGAUGUUUGAGAAAGCUAGGGCUGGAUAUUCCAAACUGAAGGAUGCUGUACCGCCCACUGACUACUACAAAUACCAGGAUCACUGGAGGUUCAUGACUCAACGCUUUUGCUAUUUGAUCUCUCUGACAAUUUGGCUGGAGAAAGGGAUAAUGGCUUCACAUGAAACAGUAGCUGAGAUACUUGGAAUUAGUGCAACAGAAGAAAAAGAAGGGUUCCAUCUUGAUAUUGAAGACUAUUUGGUCGGACUAUUGAACUUGUGUUCAGAAUUGUCACGACUUGCUGUGAACUCUGUCACUCGUGGUGAUUACAACAGACCGCUGCAAAUAUCCAAAUUUGUUAUGGAACUUAAUGCAGGCUUCAGGUUGCUGAAUCUCAAGAACGAUCAUUUGCGGAAGCGCUUCGACGCUCUGAAGUAUGAUGUAAAGAAAAUAGAGGAAGUUGUCUAUGACCUGAGCAUACGCGGCCUCCUGCCUAAAACUGAGCCUGAAGAAGUUGUCGCAGAUUCUUAGUUAUUAAUUUAUUUAAGCAUAAAAUUAACUAUUCCAAAUAAAUUAAACUUUUUUAUUUUUAUACAUUUGCAGAAAAAAUAACAAAAAAUAUUUUUGAAUUGAGAUAAUUUUCUGAUCUCUUUGAACAUAUUAAAAAGAAAGUAGAAAUAGUUUCAUUCUAUUUGUAGGAGUAUUCUACAUUUUUUAACUUUUACAUUACAUAUAAUAACUUAGACAUUGUAAGCCUUAUGCAAUAAGGUAGGCAAGUUUAACUCACAGUAAGUUUGCUGAAUUUGAAGUUUUUUUUAAAUAAUAAAUGUAAGUGUAACUUAUCUGAAAUCUUGUCAGUGUCAAGUAUUUCAUAGAUGUUUAGUAAAAAACACAAGCCUAGUAUAUUGCAGUUGGACUCUAAUAAGGUUUUUAUAAAAUGUUUGUAUCUCUGAUUUUCUCAGUAUUGAUUGCACACUAGGUAGCGCUAUUCAGCUAUGAUGCAAUUUAAAAAUCAAAUUCUUUGAGCUAGGGCUCUAUUUUGAUCAACUCAUGAUUUGAGUUUUACUUCAAUAAAUAUAUGAAAUCUCAUUUUGUUUAAUUUAUA